AUGCAGUUUGCCACUUUCUUCAUUGCUACCCUGGCCACUGUGGCCGCCGCCGCCCCUCUCGACUCUGCACCCGUCGAGGAGCGCGCCGGCGUGAAGGCGACCCUCCAGAUCGAAACUGAGCCUGACACUUUCAUCGGUAACUUCGAGGUCCCCGUUCCGGGCCAAAACAACUUCAAUAGAAAGGCCGUUUCCAUUAGAAUUGGAACCGUCAGCGGCAGCGUUGCGGCGCGGGUGCAGUGCCAAGGCUUCGACAACAAGGGCAACAAGGCCGGCCAGGCGUUCGGCGGUGACCAGGUGGCUGAGCUGCGCAAGGGUACUGUUCUGGGUAAAGUUGCUUGCAAGAAAAUUUGA